GGACGUGGCUGCUGUACCUGCCGUGCACCUGGAGCAUCGGCUUCUUGGCGGCCGAGCCGGGCUGCCUCCCGGACUGGCACAUGCUGUCCCUGUUCGGCAUUGGAGCGGUGCUCAUGCGUGGAGCCGGCUGCACGAUCAAUGACAUGUGGGAUCGCGACUAUGACAAAAAGGUUGCGAGGACAGCAAGUAGGCCCCUGGCAGCUGGAGAUAUCUCCACUUUUCAGUCCUUUGUCUUUCUUGGGGGACAGCUUAGCUUGGCGCUUUGUGUGCUUCUGUGUCUGAAUUACUAUAGUAUCAUUCUGGGAGCAGCCUCUUUGUCUCUUGUGAUCACCUACCCUUUGAUGAAGAGAGUAACAUAUUGGCCACAGUUAAUUUUGGGACUUACAUUUAAUUGGGGAGCCCUUCUUGGCUGGUCUGCCAUCAAAGGGUCAUGUGAGUGGUCUGUGUGUUUGCCCGUGUACUUAGCUGGAGUGAUGUGGACGCUAGUAUAUGAUACCAUUUACGCACAUCAGGAUAAGAGGGACGACAUCAUUAUCGGUGUGAAGUCAACAGCAUUACAGUUCAAGGAGGAUACAAAGCAGUGGCUCAGUGGCUUCAGCCUUGCAAUGCUCCUGAGUUUGUGCAUGGCAGGAAUGAACUGUAACCAGACGUUCCCAUAUUACUCAACUGUGGCUGCCGUAGGGGCUCACCUAGCGCACCAGAUUUACACUUUGGACAUAGACAAACCUGAAGAUUGUUGGAAGAAAUUUGCUUCAAAUCGUACUGUAGGAGUUCUGCUCUUCAUAGGGAUUGUGCUUGGAAAUCUGUGGAAACGAAAAGACUCAAAAAAUGUGGAAGAGCCUUUAGAAAACAGGUGAAAUUACUAUGAAUACUGAUAUUUUAGUCCAGCUAAAAUGUAAGUACUGUAUCAAGGAAAACAGUUUCAACAUAAGUAUAGCUGCUUUGUAUUGUUUAUUUAUAAAAGCUGGUGAAAACAUUCUUUUUUCUAAAAACAUGCAAAUGAGAUUAUCCUACAAUGUAAGUUUUGAUUAUCCUUAAAUGACUUCAGUCUCCAUAGAAGCUUCAACAAGUGAAGCUGCUCUGCUGGUCCUGUGUAGUACAAGCAAACUUCUGUCAAGCUCUCAAGACUGUGAGCCCAAGAUUUUAUAUGAAACAGAUAUCUCUUAGUGACAGCAUGUGGGAAAAUGCAAAGUGAUUUCAGGAUGUAAAUAAAAUCUGGCUGUA